AUGGAUACGCAACAAGUAAUGUUGCUGCCACAGCCGCAACAGCAAUCGCCUUUAACCGCCACUUCCACGCUGCAACAAGUGGCAAUGCCUACGUCCCUGAACCAACAGCCUACACCGCAUCAGCCUAAAUGUGCAAUUUGUGGCACAACCCAGAAACUAUUGCGAUGUGCAAAAUGUAAAUGCAUCUAUUAUUGUUCGACAGAUCAUCAGCACCGGGAUUGGCCAACCCACAAACUGGAGUGUCGACAGCUGGCCAAGCAACGACAGAACAAUCAACGAAUGCAACAGUUGACCAAUGGCUGUAGUGCCAUUAAUAUUAACUCGAAUUUUACAUCCUCCACAAAUCCCCAGAUGACAUCUGCCUGCAACAAUGCCUCGUGGAAUUCAUGGUCCAAUAAUUAUCCCAAUCCCGCCAAUAACCUGCAAUAUUCUCAAAACCCGGACGGGUCAUUAAUUCUGGGUACAAAUGAAAAUGAAAUAAUGCACACGAAGGCGGAGACGGUAACACAGAAUUCCAAUUCAGGUGAAUAUAUGGGUAAUUUUGUAAAUUCAACAACAUCCAAUCAGCUGCACGCUAUGCAGCAGGGUGCAGGAGAUCCCAUCAUGUAUAAUAAUGCCGCAUCGGCUAUUGUGGAUAAUAAUCAUCAAUUGGCCGGUAUGACAUCGUAUUAUGUGAAUGCGGAAUCGCAACAACAGCAACAACAACUUCAGCAAUCACAAAGUCAAUUACAACAGCAGCGACAACAACAGCAGGCGUAUUCCGUUCCAAUUGAAUGUCAACAAAAUGUAAUGCAACAACAACGACAACAGCAGCAUCAGCAACAACAAAUGUAUGUGCCUACUCCUCCUUCUCAUCUACAACCACACCCGCAGCAGCAACAACAACAUCAAAUGCAGCAACCAGUGCCACAGUUUAGCAAUCAUUUUGUCAAUCAACAUGAAAAAAGUUCGAGUUAUCAAAUCGGUGCUGCAAGUGUUGGCGAUAACCUUGUCGAGAAUGUCAAUUCAGUUCGAACCAAAACGCAAGAAGAAGAAAAAGAACUCCAAUAUGAAGAAAACGAUGUUAACAAUACACAAACCACAUAUCCGGAGCCCCGUGUUUCCGGUAAACAGGAGAAAUUCUCCUAUGAUUUACCCGAACAGUAUGGCAAUGAUGUGUCGAAAGGAUUUGUAGAAAUGGUUAAAAAGUGUUUUAUGGCUAACAUUUGGUUUGCUGGGUAA